AUGGCUGAGGCUAUCGAUGGAAAGAAGCCAAGCACCUUAUCAACGUACGUCGUUUAUGUAACAGAGCCAGAAGAUAUGGGGAGGUUUUCAACUCAAUCAUCGGAAAUAGAUAGGAGUAGUUGGUAUAACUCAUUCUUGCCCGUUUACACAGCAGGCUCACAUGAGAAACCACGCAUGGUGUAUUCCUACAAUACGGUGGUUAGUGGCUUUGCUGCAAAUUUGACACCAGAGGAAGUAAAAGAGGUGGAGAAAAAACAAGGGUUUGUGUCAGCUCAUAUUGAAAAGAUAUUGCCUCUACAUACAACUCAUAGUCCUAAUUUCUUGGGCUUGCAACAAAAUUUAGGAUUCUGGAAAGAAUCCAAUUUUGGCAAAGGAGUGAUUAUUGGAGUUUUGGACACAGGAAUAACACCUGGUCACCCUUCUUUCAGCGACGUAGGAGUGCCUCCACCACCACCAAAAUGGAAAGGGAGAUGUGAUUUAGUUGCAAUGGCUUGCAAUAAUAAGAUAAUUGGGGCAAGAAAUUUCGCUACAAAUGCUACAGCUUUUGAUAGAAUGGGGCAUGGAACUCACACAGCAAGCACAGCAGCAGGGAAUUUCGUUAAAGGGGCAAAUGAGUUUGGUCAGGUCGAUGGUGAAGCAGCUGGCAUAGCGCCAUUAGCCCAUUUAGCAAUUUAUAGUAUUUGUAAUGCAAAUGGCUGUCGUGAGGCUGAUAUUUUGGCUGGAAUGGAUGCUGCUAUUGCUGAUGGAGUUGACGUGAUUUCGCUUUCAAUUGGUGGCGAUUCUGUGGCUUUCUUCAACGACGUUGUUGCAGUGGCUUCAUUUAGAGCUAUUCAAAAGGGCAUUUUCGUGAGUUGUUCAGCAGGAAAUUCUGGACCCGCUUUCAAAUCAUUGUCCAAUGAAGCGCCAUGGAUUCUUACUGUAGGAGCGAGCACCACUGAUAGAAGCAUAGUUGCAACAGCAAAACUUGGAGAUGGGAAAGAAUAUAAUGGUGAAGCAAUUUUCCAACCAAAAAACUUUCCUUUAACUCAAUUGCCCCUUGUUUAUCCUGGCGUCAAUGACACUGAAGAAUCUGCAUGGUGCUCACUAGGAUCUUUAAAAAAUAGUAAUGUUAAAGGCAAGGUGGUGAUAUGUGAUAGAGAUGGAAGUAUAACAGGAAUUGAAAUGGGACAAGAAGUAAAAGAUGCUGGUGCUGCUGCUAUGAUUCUCUUGAAUGACGAGGAAGUUGGUUUUGAUACCUCGCUUGAAUCUAAUGCAUUGCCAACAACACAUGUGAGUUACAUUGCAGGGAUGAGUAUUAAAGCCUAUUUAAACUCAGCGGUUCUACCAACAGCCACAAUCUUAUUUAAAGGAACUAAAUUUGGUAAAAAAUCUGCUCCUGAAGCUGCUGCUUUUACCUCAAGAGGCCCCAACGUACAAAGCCCUGGAAUCUUGAAACCUGACAUUAUUGGACCGGGGGUGAACAUUUUAGCAGCUUGGCCGUUCUCUGUAGAAAAUAACACAAAGCAAAAAUCAACAUUUAACAUGAUUUCUGGAACCUCAAUGGCAUGCCCUCAUCUUAGUGGUGUUGCAGCGCUGCUAAAAAGCGCCCAUCCUGACUGGUCACCAGCUGCCAUAAAAUCUGCCAUGAUGACCACUGCCGAGAUAGUAAAUCGGGAAAACAAGCCCAUCGUUGACCAAAGAAAUUUUCCAGCCAACGCUUUUACAAUUGGCGCAGGGCAUGUUAACCCAUCAAAAGCAAACGAUCCAGGGCUGGUUUAUGAAAUCCAAGCAGAUGAUUACAUUCCUUAUUUAUGUGGGUUGAAUUAUAAUGACAAACAGGUAGGGAUGAUUGCACGUCGUAAUGUUGAAUGCUCAAAAGUUCAGAGAACAAAGGAAGCACAGUUGAAUUAUCCUUCUUUCUCUCUCGCACUUAAGACUGGUGAUCCUCAAACAUACACAAGAACAGUAAGAAAUGUGGGUAAACCUCAGUCAUCUUACCGUGCUGAGAUUUUCCCACCAGAAGGAGUAAACAUAGUUGUGAAACCUACGUUAAUAAAGUUCAAGAACAUUAACGAGAAUUUCACAUAUUCGAUCACAUUUUCUAAAACCAAGACAACCGCGGGACAAUUUUCCCAAGGAUACUUAAAUUGGAUUUCUACAGAUCAUGUCGUUAGUAGCCCAAUAGUUGUCACCUUCUAA